AAGAGAACGUCCAUCUCCUCUUGCAACCCAUGAGCACCAUGUCGUUCUACAACUACGUUGAUACGCCUAACGCCAAUCUGAUUUGCUGUAUAUGUCGAGCACCUUACAUAGAUCCUGUAACGACGAGGACGUGCUAUCAUACGUUCUGCCGCGAGUGCAUCGGGCGGGCUUUAGCACACUCCUCGCACUGUCCUGUCGAUCGGUCACCAUUGGCCUCAGAAGACCUCAUCCCCGCCAGCCCAAUAGUCAUCGCUCUACUCGAUGAACUCGAGGUCGAAUGUAUACAUCGGUCCGCUGGCUGCAAGACCACCUGCCAGCGCCAGAGUCUCGCGUCUCACCUCAAGGAUUCAUGUCAAUACAACCCUUCGACAAGUACCCCAAUACCGGAAACGAGGGACGGCGAGAAGGAGUCAAGCGAGGUCGCCUCGCAAGAGGACGCGACCUUGGACAUGACUGCUUGCCCCCACUGCCUCGAUCAUCCCCCUUCCACCCUAGCCUCGCACCUGAAAUCUUGCACUGAGAGGGAGGUCCCUUGCACUCACUCACAGAGAGGCUGCCAAUGGAGAGGGCGCUUGGCUUCUCUAACAUCCGAACACAUACCCUCGUGCCCCUUCGAAGCAAUCAAGGGCUUCUUCACUAUGAAUGACAACCGAUUCUCCGAGGUCUUAGGAGACAACCUCCUGCUUCGGCAAAGGAUCGAAACCCUAGAGCACACAGUCAAGACAAUGAGACAUGAGCUCGACGUCAUGCGCGCCGCGCUCGGGCCCUGGUAUCGUCCGGAGUCUGUCAUGAACCUCCGCUCGCCUCAUCCUCCUCAACGGCCGCUUUCUUCCGUGCCAACUAUGCAGACGCACGAGCCGCACGCAUACACAGACGAAGGGACCGCGGACCCCCUGGCCUCGUACUUCCCGCCCGCCGACGAUAUCCCGAUAGAUUCCGCGGCUCAGCAGCGAGCACUCCGACGUGCGUCUACCGACUACAGCACCCAUGCAUCCACGUCGACCACGUCCGCUGUCGUUGCACCACUCGACCUUGGCUCAAGCCUGGAAGGCGCGCUGGUCGGCUUGCGCGAGUCCAUGGUCACGCUGGCCGCCUCAGUCGACUCGUUGGGGCGUCGCUCGGAGAUUGCCUUGACGAACGAGUCUAUGAGGCUGAAUGAAGAGGUCAUGUCCUUGCGCGCGGCAUUACAUGGGCUCCGUAUGCAGGUCCACGCCAUCAUGCUCGACAGGAACUCGCAGAUCACUGGGCGGACAAAUGAAGGAGAGACCAGCGGUUGGCUUCCUGGACCACCGCCUCCGCGACCGCCAUUUUUUCCGCCGAUGAUGUCUCCGAACGCUUCCAUCACCAAGUUGUAGUGCUUCCUUAGUCUACACUUAGAAUUCAUAAUGAAUCAGUAUA